ACAGCGCGUAGAUGUUGGCAGACCCUCGUCGUUCGAUACCUCUAGUCCUGACACUCUACUGCUUAAUUCACGCUCUUUUGGAUUCUUUCUUUCCUCCGGUAGAUGUAGCGUCGUUCUACUGUUUGAAGCGAGAGACAUCAACCGCAUUGAAGACGCAAAAGAGGGCGUGUCCUCAAUGCUCGCCCGAUCCUCCCAGUUCGUCGCGUGCGCGCUGCUGGCGGUUCGAACAGCCUUCGCCAUUCCCACCAUUGAGAUCAAAGGCUCGAAAUUCUUCACCAGCGAUGGCGACCAGUUCUAUAUCAAAGGCGUGGCAUAUCAGCCCGGAAUGCUGACGAACCUGAACGGCCUUACGAAUGGCGACCAGUGCAAAAUCGACGCAAAGCUCAUAGGCGAACUCGGUGCGAACGUGGUGCGGGUGUAUUCGGUUGAUCCGACGUUGAAUCACGACGCGUGUAUGAAUGCCUUCGCAGAGAAUGGCAUAUACGUCAUAGUCGACAUGUCGACACCUACGUAUUCCAUCAACAGGGUCAAUCCCAAAUGGACGCUCGAUCUUCGCAAUGCAUUCGCCCAGGUCAUCGACGGGUUUCAAGGGUACGAUAAUGUGCUAGGCUUCUUCGCCGGAAACGAGAUUAUCAACGACCAAAGUACCACCUCAGCAGCCCCAUUCGCCAAAGCCGUUGUGGCCGACAUGAAGGCUUACAGAGACCUAAUGCAGUACCGCAAGAUACCCAUAGGCUAUUCAUCUGCAGACGCAACCGUUCGCCUGCAAGUGCAAGACUACUUCGACUGCGGCAACGAGAGCAUAGCUGUGGAUUUCUUUGGCUUCAAUAACUACGCGUGGUGCGGCGACUCUUCCAUGGACGAGUCUGGAUACACUACCCUGUACGACGACGCAGACGGCUACGACAUCCCGAUCUUCCUCUCCGAGACUGGCUGUUCCCUCAACCUGACUGGUGGAAGGCCGUUCACGGAUCAGGUUGCGAUGCUGGGCAGGGAGAUGAACGACAGGUACUCGGGGAAUAUAAUAUACGAAUGGAGCGAAGAGGGCAAUGGCUACGGACUAGUCUCGUAUACAGCGUCUGCGGCAACGGGCACGCCCUCUAUAAUGGGCGAUUACAAGCGUCUGCAAUCGCAAUGGGCGACGCUGAGUCCGACGGGUAUCAAGGCUUCGGCAUACGAUCCUACUCUGACCAGGCGCGACUGCCCGGCCUCCACGUCGAGCUCGUGGAUCGUCCGCAAAGAUGCUUCGCUUCCCACCCUGGGUACUUCGGGCUUCACAGCACCGACGGGGCCUAGGUCAACAACGUCAGGAGGGGUAUUGACGGGGAGCCUGGCCGGCGGCGACGCCGUACAGACAACCGGCUCCCAAAGUGGGUCCGCAAUUCCCGGAAACUCAAACGCCUCCUCUAAAACACCGGUCGGCGCAAUCGCGGGCGGCGUCCUCGGUGGACUCGUAGGCCUAGCUCUGAUCCUGGGGGCGAUCCUUUACUUCCUGCGCCGGAAACGAGAGCAGCGCGCUGCAUACGCAGGUGUCGAACAAGGAGGCCCCAACGGAGCACCGCCUGGCAAGCUGGCCAUGAACCCAGACGAGGAGAAGGAUCGCCAGAAUGGGUACUACGGCCCGCGCUACCAUGAGAUGUCGGGUAACGGGACGACGCAGGAGUUGGAUCCGGCAAGAGGGCACGUGGCUGCUAUGCCGGCGCCCGAGAUGGCAUCGCGUGGUGAGGGACGCCCGGAACUCGCUGAAGAGGGGCAAGGACAUUAUCCAGCCGCUUCUCUGCAGAGUGAUUUCCACGCCGUAGGGACAUCACGGGGUGCAGGAAGCGCGCCGGGAGCGGAACCGUCGCCGUAUGUCCAGGCACAGAGACGGACAGAAUUGGAUUGGCUGGAGAGCGAGGAGGCAAGGUUACGGCAGCGAAGAGAAGUGUUGAUGAGGCAAGACGGUGGCGGAGGUAGCUAAUGUCUAAAUGCAAUCCAUAGCAAGCCGUUCAUGCAACUCGAUUCCCCUGAAGAGUCACCGACGUUAAAUAAUUGACAACCGUGGGCGGUGCGUCUUCAAUCGCUCCAGCGCAGACUGGUGGGGCUACACGGAGGGACGGCCUUGCGAUGAUGGGAGUAGAGCGGCUGGGG